AUGGGUUCGAAUGAAAAGCCCUGUCGAAACUGCGAAGCGCUUAGAGCGCAACUUGAACAAAAAGAAGCUAUCGUAGACAAAUAUCAAAAAAUAGUUCAGUCUCAAAACGAGCUUCUUCAGGAUUUGACACAGAAAAGUCCAUUUGUAUCAGGAUCAUCACGUAAACAAGGCGACAAUUUUGGCCACUUAGGAACAUCUUCGUCUUUUGAUUUAAAUAGUAAGGUUACAGCGCCUAAAACCCGUGGAAAACAAGUUUCUAAAAGUUGUCGAGCUUUUAUUGGAUCCAUUACAGAUGGGAUUGACAAAGAAACGUUAAAGAAAUGUCUCGAAGACGCUUUUGGUGCCGUUGAAAAUAUCGAUAUGAUACCUUCUAAAGCUUGUGCAUUUGCCGAUUUCGCCACACAAACCGCGUAUCAUGCUGCAGUAAGCGAAGGUGCAGUCUGGCGGUUUUUGGGAUCGAAAUUAAUUAAAGGUUUUUGUUCUACAAGAACAUUAAACAAUUUUAAACAACCUCAACCAAUCGAUUCUGAAAAAUUUAAUUCUCUUUCAAAAAACAAAAAAAAACUUGUCUUGAAACAUUCUUUACAUCAUUCCGUAACUCUUUCUCAAUUUUCUUCUUUCUAUUCAUCACAAUAUGGACAGGAACGUUGGCAAAAACUUUUUCAAUCUUUACAAAAUCCUACCAAAUAUUGCGCACUUGUCAACAAAUUCGCCUCUCCUAAGCACAUCCAAUCGUUUUUAUCAACUACUCCUAAUCUUGAACAGGUUUCAUUUCUCGAUUUGCCUUGCUACAUUUCUUCUGAAAGGUUUAAACAACCAGAAAAGGAUGAAAAUGGGAUACUGAACUAUUAUUUAUUAGAUGCUACAAGUAUUAUGGUAGUUAAAGCACUUGACUUAAAUAUUACUGAUGUCAUAUUAGAUUUAUGUGCUGCUCCUGGUGGAAAAAGUCUUGUCAUCCUCCAAUAUUUGUUAUCUUCCAUUAUUCACAACAGUAAUAAUACGGAUUAUAGUGGAUUCCUAACAGCAAAUGAUCUAUCUCCUAGUAGAUGUAGACGUCUAAAACAAGUUAUAACUGAUUACAUUCCAUCUUCAUUACAACAUCAUAUAAACAUUUUAUCAUUAGAUUUAACUCUCUCACUGCCUACUUAUGAUAAAAUUUUAGUUGAUGCUCCGUGUUCCGCUGAACGUCAUUUAUUACAUUCUCCUAGCGAAUUUUUAAAAUGGAAACCGUCCCGAUCUAAAAUUAUGUCUCAAAAACAAUACAAAAUACUACUAGAUGCUGUUAAAGGUAUACAUGUUGGUGGUUUAUUGGUUUAUGUUACUUGUUCGAUAAAUAAGUUGGAAAAUGAAGAAGUUGUAAAGAAAAUAUUAAAGAAUAGUUGGGUGCCUUUAGAAGAAGUUAAGAGAGAGUGGGUAAUAGGAGAACCAUGUGAGAAAGGAUGGAUUGUCUUACCGGAUAAGUGUGAUGGUUGGGGUCCCUUGUAUUUUGCAAUUUUGAAAAGGGUCGGAGAAGGUGAAUUUAGAAAGAAAGAGAAAAAAACGUUUAAAAGAUUUAAUAUUGAUAAAAAUAGAGCAGAAGAGGACUACGAUGAAUGA